AUGGAGGCUCUUUUCUUCAAUGUUGAUAACGGUUUCCUGGAGGGCAUUGUAAGAGGCUACAAGGCGGGCAUCCUCUCUGCCAACCAAUACGGUAACCUCGCACAGUGCGAGACACUCGAGGAUUUCCGAACUCAGUUGACUGCGACGGACUAUGGCAACUUCCUGGCUAACGAGCCGUUGCCAAUUUCCACAUCCACCAUUGCCGACAAGGCGACUCAGAUCCUCGUCGACCAGUUCAACUACCUUCGGAACAAUGCAGUGCAGCCGCUGGCCAAAUUCUUGGAGUAUAUCACGUAUGGCUUCAUGAUUGACAACAUCAUCCUCCUGAUCACUGGAACGCUGCACGAGCGUGACACGCAUGAGCUCCUGGAGCGGUGCCAUCCACUGGGUGUGUUUGACACCAUGCCCGCCCUCUGCGUCGCCACGAAUGUCGAAGAACUCUACCAAAGCGUCUUGGUCGAGACACCACUUGCCCCUUACUUCCGCGACUGCCUAUCCGCGGCGGACUUGGACGACCUCAACAUCGAGAUCAUCCGAAACACCGUGUACAAAUCCUACCUCGAGGACUUCUAUAGCUUCUGCACGACGCUCGGGCAGCCCACCGCAGACGUGAUGCACCGCAUCCUCGCGUUCGAGGCCGACCGCCGCACGGUCAACAUCACAAUCAACUCGUUCAACACCGAGCUGUCCAAGGAGCAGCGCGCGAAGCUCUUCCCUGCUAUCGGCCGUUUGUGGCCCGAGGGCAACAACCAGCUAGCGAGGGCCGACGAAAUGGAUCAGGUCCGUGCCGCGUGCGAGAGCGUGUCGGAAUACCGCUCGUUCUUCACGGACUCGUCGGGUGGGAUGGGCGAUGACGACUUGGCGGCGGCUUCCCAUCUUGAGGACAGGUUCUUCCGCAUGGAGGUGCACUUGAAUAAGCAGGCGUUCUUGCAGCAAUUCCAAUAUGGAGUGUUUUACGGCUACGUCAAGUUGAAGGAACAGGAGAUCAGAAACUUGACUUGGAUUGCAGAGUGCAUUGCCCAGGACGCGAAAGAUAGGAUACAGGACUUCAUUCCUAUCUUCUGA